GCAGCAACUUGAUGAUCAUCGCACCUUAGUGGGAAUAUCAGCAAACAACAGCGGAGAAGGAGAUGGAGUUUCGAUUCGGGCUCAGGAUCUCUCUGGUCCUGACCAUACUGGCCCUGACUCUGUACGGAAGGGGUGUUGAAGGACAAAGGGCAGGUUGCAAGAAUGUCCACUAUGAUCUGGUAUUCAUCUUGGACACCUCUUCCAGUGUGGGCAAGGAAAACUUUGAGAAGAUCCGGCAGUGGGUGGCAAACCUGGUGGAAUCUUUUGACGUAGGUGCGGAGAAGACACGUGUGGCCGUGGUUCGCUACAGUGACCGUCCCACCGCCGAAUUCAACCUGGGCAGGUACAAAACUCUCGAGGAGGUCAAGCGUGCCGCUGGGAACAUCCGCUACCUGGGUGGGAACACCAAAACUGGAGAUGCCAUCAGCUUCACCACCAACAACAUCUUCACGGAGAGGACAGGGGCAAGACCCGCCGCCAAGGGUAUUCAGAAAGUUGCGAUCUUGCUGACGGACGGCAGGAGUCAGGAUUUUGUUUUGGAGCCAUCGGUUGCUGCAGCGGCUGCUGGAAUCAGGUUGUUCGCUGUAGGGAUUGGGGAAGCUCUUAAGGAGGAGCUGGAAGAGAUCGCCGCCGAGCCCAAAAGUGCUCAUGUGUUCCACGUGACGGACUUUGACGCCAUUGACAAGAUCAGGGGCAGGUUGAGGAGGAGACUCUGCGAGAAUGUUCUGUGUCCCAACAUGAAAGUCCAGGCAGGACGUUUCAGACCGAACAGCACCAGUGCUGGACAGACGGAGGUCCCAGGUUUUGAUUUGAUGGAAUACUUCAAUGUGAGAGAUUUUCUUGGAGAAAAAUUUGAGCCAGGUCAGACCCCGUAUGUCCGGCUCGGUACCAUGCCCAUCGUCCAACAAACACAAGAUGUCUUGCCGCAGGGUCUGCCUGAUGAAUAUGCCUUCGUGACCACAUUUAAGUUCAGGAAGACGUCUCGUAAGGAAGACUGGUACCUGUGGCAGGUCUAUGACAAAUACGGCAUCCCGCAGGUGUCCAUCCGUCUGGAUGGAGAGAACAAGGCAGUGGAGUACAACGCCGUGGGCCUGACGAAAGAUGCGGUCCGGGCAGUCUUUAAGAACCCAGAGGUGGAAAACCUGUUUGAUCGUAACUGGCAUAAGAUCGGCAUGAGGGUGGACUCCAAAUCUGUGUCCCUGUUCCUGGACUGCAAGCACAUUGAGACGGCGCCCAUAGAGGAAAGAGAAGACAUUGACAUCCAGGGAAAGACUGUCAUCGGAAAGAGACUCUAUGACAGCGUUCCCAUUGAUUUUGACCUCCAGAGAAUGGUGAUCUACUGUGAUGGUAAACAGUCUGAGCAGGAGACGUGUUGCGAUAUUCCUGGUGGACCAUGUGAACAAUCUUUGGCGACCGAGGCUCCCCCAGUCCCGUUGCCCACCCCAAAACCAACAAGUGCUGAGCAGAAGAAACCGGCCGCGGUCAACUGCUCCUGUCCUGCAGGGGAAAGGGGUGAGACAGGUCUACCGGGUGCCGCGGGGCCCAAGGGUGAAAAGGGGGAUCCUGGUCUUAAAGGGACAGAAGGACCGCCAGGGCUCAAAGGGCUGAAAGGAGAACGUGGCCAGGCCGUCUCUAUCAAAGGUGAUAGAGGAGAAAAGGGGGACAGCGGCGAGCGCGGUGAACCUGGAGCCAGCGGAGACAAAGGAGAAAGAGGAUCCGAUGGUUUACCAGGUCUGGCUGGGAAACAAGGCGAUAAGGGACAAAGAGGUGAACGAGGAGUUGCAGGUGAAGCUGGGUUACCUGGACCUCUCGGACUAAAGGGUGUCCAAGGUGAUUCUGGUCCGCCCGGAGCACCAGGUCCUCAAGGGGUGUCUGGCGGUGCCGGAAAUAAAGGAGACAAAGGAUCCUCUGGAGAUAGGGGCGAGCCAGGUUUAGACGGGUUUCCAGGUAAACCAGGUCUUCCAGGAAAAGAAGGUCUUAGGGGGCUGAGUGGCGCUCCUGGAUCAAAUGGAGUCAAAGGAGAAAAGGGUGAACAAGGUCCUGCUGGAAUACCUGGCAAUGCAGUUCAGUUGGCAGGACUCAAAGGGGAGACUGGCGUCCCAGGAGAACGAGGACCCCCAGGAGCGGACGGCCCCCCUGGACCUGCUGGCCCACCUGGACCUCCAGGUUUGCCCGGUGAGAUGGGUGAGAACGGACAAAGGGGUAAAAAGGGGGAUGCAGGAUUGCCGGGAGUUGAUGGUCUUCCAGGACCACCUGGUCCUCAGGGGCCUCCUGGACUUGGUGGCAGCCCUGGACAGACGGGACUUCCAGGAUUACCCGGUGAAAUCGGCUUCCCGGGAAAACUAGGAGAAGCAGGAAAACCAGGUCUGCCAGGAAAAGAUGGAUUGGAUGGUUUCCCUGGAAACGACGGCGAGAAGGGGCAACGAGGAGAACCCGGACAGGACGGUUUCGCUGGUAAACCGGGAUCGAAGGGAGAUGAAGGCCCUCCAGGACCCCGAGGACCUGCUGGUGAACGGGGAGAGCCUGGUUUGGGUGGGCAGGUCGGCCCGAUGGGACCCAAAGGAGAGAGAGGAGGCCAGGGGGAGAGAGGGAAAGAUGGACCUACUGGCUUGAAAGGAGACAAAGGAGACAAGGGUGAGGUGGGCCCCAGGGGUCCAGCCGGGGUCCCAGGCAAUGUGGCCAAUGUGAUUCCUGAACCUGGCGAACCGGGCAAGCCGGGAGAGAAGGGAGAGAAAGGAGAUCAAGGAAAACCAGGCGAGAUGGGUCAAAGAGGACUUCCUGGAGAGCAGGGAUUCAGAGGGCACUCCGGACCUGCGGGCCCUAAGGGUGACGCUGGUGAUAAAGGAGAGGCAGGGGGACAUGGAGACCCAGGUCCGCCCGGAUUGAUGGGCCCUCAGGGGCUCCGAGGGCUGCCAGGCAACGUGGGUAUUCCAGGCAGCAUCGGUCCACCUGGUAUCGCUGGACAGAGAGGGGAGAAGGGAGAUGCAGGUAAAGAUGGUCCUUCUGGACCCCCUGGUCCAACCGGUGAGCCUGGUUUAAGAGGAGAAAUCGGUUUGCCAGGAAAAGGCAAAGAGGGAACAAAGGGUGAUACAGGACCUCCGGGUCCAGCUGGACCUCCCGGACUGAAGGGCGUGCCCGGCCCACAGGGCAUGCAGGGAAUGCCAGGAAACAGAGGACCAGCAGGAGAGGGAACCACUGGACCCCAGGGGCCUCCCGGACCUCCAGGGCCAACAGGAGCCGCGGGUUUGAGAGGACCUCCAGGAGUGAGCGGACCACAGGGACCCGCUGGACAUAAUGGUUUACCAGGAAGACCUGGAGAGAAGGGCUCAACUGGAGAACCAGGAAAAGCUGCAGACCUUUCUGAUCUGAAGGACAUUUGUUCAGAUUGUCCCCCUGGACCAGCUGGACAACCAGGUACUCCAGGACCUCCUGGUGACAAAGGUCAUUCUGGACCACCUGGGAAAAACGGACAGGAUGGAUAUGCGGGUCCUCCUGGACCAACAGGACCCACAGGACCUCCUGGUGCUGAUGGAACCAAGGGGGUCAAAGGUGACAGAGGUCCUCCAGGAACAGCUGGAGAUAAGGGUGAAAAGGGCAACUCAGGACCUCCUGGUUAUCCUGGGGCUGCAGGAGCCAUGGGUCAACCUGGUAAUGAUGGAAACCCUGGACCUGUUGGACCACCUGGACCUCCUGGAGAAAAGGGUAAAGAAGGACUGAAGGGAAUUCAGGGACCUCCAGGCCUGCCGGGUCUAAUGGGCAUGAUGGGUAAACACGGAAAGGAUGGCAGACCAGGAGAAACAGGAGAGCCGGGUAAACAGGGAGAGCCAGGAACACCAGGAAGAGAUGGACUCAGAGGAAUGCCUGGUUUCAAAGGUCACAGAGGGGAACCAGGGCCACCAGGGUCAAAGGGUGAAGAUGGGAAGCAGGGUGUUCCUGGACGUGAGGGUCCAGCUGGGAAAGAUGGUAAAACCGGACCACCAGGGCUAGAGGGCAUGAGAGGACCACGAGGAGAAUCCGGUCAACCUGGAGAAUCAGGACCAGCGGGCAAGCCCGGAUCUCAGGGAAAUCCUGGUCAGCCAGGACACAAAGGUGAUGCAGGGAGCCAAGGAUUACCCGGAUUCCCAGGUCCAAAAGGGCCAUCGGGUCCGUCUGGUCCAAUUGGCCCAGAGGGAAAACAAGGCAUGUUAGGAAAACCAGGAGACAGAGGACAGAAGGGAGAAAAGGGUGAUAAUGGAAUAAAAGGAGACAAAGGACCCGUUGGAGAUCCGGGCAUUCCGGGUAACCCUGGGCCUCCCGGUAGGAAGGGUCACACGGGGAUGAUGGGCAUGUCGGGACCCCCUGGGGAAGUGGGUCCUGCUGGGCCCCCUGGUUCUUCAGGACAGCCGGGACUCCCAGGUCUCAGAGGCGAGACGCCAUCACUGGAACAAAUGCGACGGCUCAUUCAAGAGGAACUUUCCAAACAAUUGGAUGCUAAAUUAGCUUACCUUAUGGCUCAAAUGCAACCCGCUCAUAUCAAGAGCACGGCUGGCCGUCCCGGUCCGCCUGGUUCCCCAGGUAAAGAUGGAUCUCCUGGCAGACAAGGUCUAACUGGAGAGCCUGGAAUGCCUGGACAAAAUGGAGCAGAAGGACCCAGAGGUCCAGUUGGUCCUAAAGGUGAACGAGGUUCAAAAGGUGAAAGGGGAGAAGACGGUGUUGGACAGAGAGGAGAGACUGGUCCAGUUGGCCCCAUUGGUCCUGCAGGAAUGCCAGGAUAUGGAAAAGAUGGUCUUCCUGGAGCCGCAGGUGCUCAGGGAGAGCCCGGUAACCCUGGUCCUCACGGUCAGCCCGGACCUCCUGGACCGACAGGGCAGUGCGACCCCUCACAGUGUGCCUACUACGCCAGUCUGGCAUCAAGACCUCACUCCAAAAACGUCAAGGGCACUUAAAACACCCCUCACUGUCCUGGGCUAACACCUAUUUAUGAACUUGGACAUUCAAUGAGCCAAGAAUAUGUUCUGUACCAUCAGGAGAACUCCAGCGUCUGAAGGGUGUGUAAAUAUGUGUGUGCGUGUGUGUGUGUGUGUAUGUGUGUAAAUGUGUGUUUGUAAUAGGCUUUUAACUUUGGUUAAUGUCUUCUUUAACCCUGAGUUAAGUCCACUUUUAGCCCUGGGUUAAGGAACAUUUCACACUUAUAGACCUUAUGAAGCCCCGCCCCUUUUCAGCGCUGCGUAGUUGUGUUCUGUCUUCCGGUUUGUGUUUCCACAGCAUGAAGGAAAGAUCUCACUGAAUUGUGAAUGAACAUUUUAAAAUGUUCCCGGUCUACUGACAUUUGUUAUGACAUCCGCUUCAAACAUUACAAUGCUCACGAUAGCUUUAGUUAACUCUACAAUAAGUUAUUCCACUUCAUCCUCUUCAACAGUGAUGCCAUCUGUAACAAAAUACACAGUUACCGCAAAAACAGAAGAUGAAACACAAGAUGGCUGUGCGCUUGUUUCUCUGGCGCACAAGGUCUAUAGUUAUGAAAAAGUGUUAGCAUUUAGCAUUAGCGCUUCCAACUGUGGGUUGUGAAAUCCAGCUCUAGAUUAACCCUGGAAAGUGAUUGUGAUCAUGGAAAA